AUGAAUAGAUUCUGGGAAGCACUAAGCGGCAUCUGCAGCAGAACGAUACAGCACCCCGAAUCGCAGGUCAAUCGAUUAUGUAUUACCCCGGACAAGAAGUUCCUGGCUGCGGCUGGUCGACAUCAUGUCCGUCUGUACGACAUCAAGUCCUCGAAUCCGAAUGUCAUCAUGAAUUUUGAGGGACAUACCAACAACAUAACCGGCGUCGCGUUUCAUUGCGAGGGAAAAUGGAUGGUCACUUCUUCAGAGGACUGCACGGUCAGAGUGUGGGAUACGAGGUCGGGUCAGAUCCAGCGCUCUUACACGCACGAUCAUCCCGUCAACGAUGUCGUUAUACAUCCCAACCAAGGCGAGCUCGUCUCGGCCGAUCGUGGCGGCGUCAUCAUGAUAUGGGAUCUUGGUGAUAAUAAGUGCACUCACCAGCUCAUUCCUGAGGACGACGUAUCGAUCUCGAGCGUGAGCAUCGCUUCCGAUGGCUCUCUGCUCGCUGCUGGAAACAACAAGGGCGACGUAUACAUGUGGCGGAUGUUCCAAAGUCAGGAAACGACCACACUCUCACCAUGUCGAGUGUUCAAUGCACACAAGACUUAUCUUACUCGACUUCUGCUGUCCCCGGACAUCAAACUACUUGCGACCUGCUCCGCCGAUCAUACCGUCCGCAUCUGGCGCAUCGACAUGAAUGAGGAAAAUCUCGAACUUGUCCCCGAACUACCGAAGCAGGCUGGCUCUGAGCCCAUCGCCCAAUAUCCUGGUGGUCCAGCGUCCCCGGCUGACAGCACUGACUCUGUGGACGAUGGUCCCAGCUUCCAGGCACGACAGGGCAGGUCUCGCUCUUCCUCAAAUCUCACCUCCUCGUCGCAUCCAUCCCGUCCGUCCACUUCAGCAUCAAAUGCGCCCCUCGAUACCUUCAAGCCGGUGAACGCUGUUAUUGCCAAUCGCCACCCGCUACCAUUAGAAACAAUACUUGAAUCUCACCAACGGUGGGUCUGGGAUUGUGCGUUCAGUGCGGACAGUGCGUAUCUCGUCACGGUAUGCAGCGACCAUUAUGCGCGGUUGUGGGAGGUGGCAAGUGCGACCAUUAUCCGGCAGUACAAUGGACAUCAUCGAGGUGCAGUGUGUGUGGCUCUGAAUGACUACUCGAGUCAGACCUGA